CUCCAGCUAGCUAGGAGAAUCCUGCUCCUCCACUUGGAUCGCUUCAGCCCGCCCCUCUAGUCCACUUUUUCCCUUCUCUCACUCUCUCUCUUUAUACCUCUCACUCCCUCUCCUGUCUUGUCUCUCUUUCUCUCUCUUCCUCUCUGUCUGUCCUCCACUUCUUUUUUAUCUACCAGAAGCUCACAGAGGCUCGCUGCUCUAUCUUCAACCACUGAAGAUUCAGAAGCACUCCGGACGGAAGAUCCUGUCACAGAAGCCGAGAUGGCAAUGAGCAGCAUCCUCAACACCGAUGACAUCAAGAAAGCUCUAGAUGCAUUUGCAGUUGCUGACUCUUUUGACCAUAAGAAGUUUUUUGAGAUGGUGGGUCUGAAGUCCAAGUCUGCCGACGAUGUGAAGAAGGUCUUCACAGUGCUGGACGCGGACAACAGCGGCUUCAUAGAAGAGGAAGAACUCAAAUUCGUCCUGAAGGGCUUUGCCAAAGAUGGCAGGGACCUGACAGACAAAGAAACCAAAGCAUUUUUAAAAGCAGCCGACAAGGAUGGAGACGGCAAGAUUGGAGUCGAUGAAUUUGCUGCCCUUGUGAAAGAAUAAUUCUUCUGCUCCCACUGCAAUGAAGGAUCACGUCGCAACCAACACCACAUCCUGGCAAUCCCCCCACCUCCCCCUCCUCCUCCACCUCCGCCAGCACCUACACCUCUCCUUCCCACCAGGCUGAAGCCGAUCCCCACGCCGAUCACUCCUCUCCUCAACACCUCCCAUCUGCAGUUUUCACGAAACACAAUGCUGCACUGAAGUAGGCUGUGCUGUGCAACCUCCUCACGUCCCAAGUUUCCCCUUUAGCCGUAUUCACCCUAUUUAUUUAAUCCUUUUUAUACAAACUGUUCUUGUUUCUGUUUAUGUAUAGAUUAAAAAACAUGCCUGCAGGAGUUAAACUUAUAUUGUAAAGCAUAAAGUAGAUAUAUAAAGAUAACAGAGAUUAUAAAAGAAAGACCCUCAUUUCCUUCUCUACUUCUGACUUUGCAUCCUUUCCUAGCUUUCAAUUUCCCUGAACCAGUUCUUCCUCUCUCUUCCCUUCUUUGUUUUUCUUUUUUUCUCUUCUUCUCUCUACUCAUGUCUGGCUCAGUGCCCCUUACUGCAUUCGCUCCCCUCUGUCCUCUCCCACAUCAUCAACCUAUCUAUCUAGCUAUCUAUCUAGCCAUCCAUCCAUCCCUUUCUCCUCUGGUAAUGAGCUGUUGUAAAACACACCAAAAGAAGAAAGAAGUCAAGCUGUGAAAGAAUAAAAUAAAGUGGAAAAAAGAAAAGC